AUGACAGAUUUAGCUUUGAAUGAAACUCAAAUGGAUAAUGAUGAUCGUCCAAUUGAUGUUCAUCAUGAUAAUGCAACCAAUGUUUUUCUAACACAAGGAGUUAAUACAACACAACAUGAAAGUUCAUCUGAUUCCAGAAGUAAUGCAAGCAUGUCGGAUGUACCUAAAUUACCUCAAAUUACUGCUACAGCUACCACGUAAAUCAAACUAAUUUUUUUCUUCGAAUUAUUUUGUAUAUGAUCCCUUUGAAAAACUGGUGAUAAUAUUCAAAUAAAAUUUUGUCCAAAAUAAUAAUCAAUGAAAGAUUCGAAAUUUAUUUGAUUCUAUUUUUAACGAAAGUGAAGAUAAGAAGUGAUAGACAAAGAUCUUGUUAGGAAACUCUUGAAGUCCUCCUAUUAAUAUUUUGUGUUUGUAAUGAACACUAUUUCGAAUCGGAUCUUGACAAUUUCUCACUAUAAAUAUUGGUCAAAUUAUUUAAAUUCUUUAAAAAAACUAACAACUGCUUUUAUUUCAAA